AAAACGUCAAACACACACUUGUCUUAAAAUAAGUCUAAAAUAAAAUGAAAAAUAAAAAAACCCCAAAUAUUACAAAAAUAAAAUAAAAUAAAAGGACAUAAGGAAGAAUCGUGGACACAUGGUUACAUGAGAGAUACUUCCUCUUAAAGAUCCUCUUCCUCUUAACUAGAAUCUUUCCUCUUCCUCUAAUCAUAUCCAUAAACUCUCCCUCUCUCUCUCAUAUACACAGUGAUGAUAAUUAUACUUAUAUAUAUAUAUAUAACCACCCUGUUUCUCUUCACUAAAUUACAAAACAAGAAAACAGAACACAAAGGUUUUGUAAUUUCGUAUUUCUCCUGUGAUCUCUCUUCCUAAAUGGAGCAAGAACUACCUUCUACUACCACCAGACCCAAGCUACUAAACCGACUCAACACUUACGUCGGUUCAAGCCGGGUCGGCAAACGGUUCAAACUCACCGAACGAAACUCAACUUUCACGACCGAGCUCCGCGCCGGUACAGCGACUUUCCUCACCAUGGCUUACAUCCUCGCCGUGAACGCCUCCAUCCUCUCCGACUCCGGCGGCACCUGCUCCGUCUCCGACUGUAUCCCCCUCUGCUCAAACCCAACUCUCCCACCCUCCCAGUGUACCGGACCGAAUCUCCGAUUAAUCCAACCGGACUUAACCUGUAAAUUCAAACCGGUUAAUCCCGGUUACGCGGCCUGCGUGGAAUCAAUCCGUAAGGAUCUAAUCGUCGCCACCGUGGCGUCGUCUCUGAUCGGUUGCGUGAUCAUGGGCCUCAUGGCGAAUCUCCCUCUAGCGUUAGCUCCUGGGAUGGGAACCAACGCUUACUUCGCUUAUACCGUCGUCGGUUUUCACGGAUCCGGUUCAAUCUCGUACCGAACCGCUCUCGCAGCGGUUUUCAUCGAGGGGUUAAUAUUCCUCUUCAUCUCAGCUAUAGGCUUCAGAGCGAAGCUAGCGAAACUCGUCCCUAAACCGGUUAGAAUCAGCUCAUCAGCCGGUAUAGGCCUCUUCCUCGCUUUCAUCGGUUUACAGAAUAACCAAGGACUCGGUUUAGUCGGUUACAGUCCUUCCACGCUAGUCACACUCGCCGCCUGUCCAACCUCUUCACGAGCUUCGUUAGCUCCCGUUAUAACGUCCCUUAACGGAACCGUUAGUUUGAUCCCUGGAGGAGCGGUUUCGGGUGACGUCAUGUGUCUCCACGGACGCAUGGAGAGUCCGACGUUUUGGCUAGGCAUCGUGGGGUUCGUGAUCAUCGCGUACUGUCUAGUGAAGAACGUGAAAGGAGCGAUGAUCUACGGGAUCGUGUUCGUAACGGCGGUUUCUUGGUUCCGUAACACCGAGGUGACGGCGUUUCCGAACACACGUGCGGGAGAUAACGCGCAUGAUUAUUUCAAAAAAGUCGUUGACGUCCACGUCAUCAAACACACGGCGGGAGCUUUGAGUUUCUCGGGGAUAAGCGAAGGGCGUUUCUGGGAGGCGUUGGUGACUUUCCUCUACGUGGAUAUUUUGGACACCACGGGGACGCUCUACUCCAUGGCGAGAUUCGCCGGUUUCGUCGACGAGAAAGGAGAUUUCGCGGGGCAGUACUUCGCGUUCAUGUCCGACGCGUCUGCGAUCGUGAUAGGAUCGCUUUUGGGGACGUCUCCCGUGACGGUUUUUAUAGAGUCGUCGACGGGGAUAAGGGAGGGAGGGAGGACGGGGCUGACGGCGAUCACGGUGGCGGUUUAUUUCUUUUUGGCGAUGUUUUUCACGCCGUUGCUGGCGUCGAUACCGGCGUGGGCGGUGGGACCGCCGUUGAUACUGGUGGGGGUGAUGAUGAUGAAGUCGGUGACGGAGAUUGAUUGGGGAGAUAUGAGGGAGGCGAUUCCGGCGUUCGUGACGAUGAUUAUGAUGCCGUUGACGUAUUCGAUAGCGUACGGGUUGAUUGGUGGGAUUGGGACGUAUGUUGUGUUGCAUCUGUGGGAUUGGGGAGAGGGAGGGUUGGUGAGGUUAGGGUUUUUGAAAAGGAAAGUUGAAGAGGAGGGUGGUGAGAGUGGAGUUGCCAAAAUUAGCGAGACUCAUACGUCUGUUUAGUUUUUUUAUUUCACUUUUUUUUUGUUACUAUUGAUUUGUGUAAGUGAGUGGCUGAGUGAAUUGUUUAUUUAUUUUUGUUGUAGAUUUAAACAUGAAAAAUUGUAAAAAUGGGGGGGGGGGGGAAUAAAG